GUUGAAAUAACACUUGUUGAAUACACCUCGGUGGAAGGCAUAGAGGUGCUUACGGCUACAGGACACUUUACAAAAAGUGGGCCAUCGAGGAUCGCCUCAAGAAGGAAUGGUCCGAGCUCGCUUCGACUCAGAUAAAAGUGUAUGAGUGUUAAGUGCAUUGAGAGUAAACGGCGAGUGAUUUAAUUGCUACUUUUCGAGUUGUUGGGAAAACGGAAGAGGGAAGUGAAGAAUUGAAGAUCACGGCGCUGGCAGCCGUUCGUUGGGCAUAGGGAUUUAUUCGGAGGGCAACUGCGUGGCGACAGUGUCCCAAGAUUUUAAAUUUCCUUUCUCGAGCACGUUCAAAGGCUAAUAAGUAAAGAAACUUGCUGGAAGUGUUUGAUUAAAGUGUUCAGAGUGAAACGGAUUUCUUGUCUACGGCAAACAGGUGCAGUGGUUUGGUUUCAGUGAGUUGUUCCUGUGGGGAAAGAUUUACUUCCGUGCUGAAUUCGGCUGUUCUGCAUUGUGAAGGUAGCAACAACCGCGUCGUGGUGAUAUUUUAAAACCGACGGACGAACGCACCGGUAGAACAAAUUAGAAAGUUUGCUAACUCAAUUGAAGAAUCCUCGUCGUUCAGUGAUUUGUGUAUUUUCCGCGAACUCGAAGUUUCGAGACGACUUUAUCCCGCCGGCAGACAGCAACGCGGAUCGAUCUCCUAUCCAGUAGGAAUAAUACGCAAGUUAUCUCCGUGGGAAUUUUGCAAUUAACAUAAAAUUAUAAACAUGAAAGCCACUCUGUGGCUGUGGUCGCUGGUGACAACCUUGGUGUACGUCAGUCAACAGGUAUCAGCUGAGUCGUACACAGACACGAGGAUUCUACAGCCGCAAGACAAUAGUUUGGUUGCCCCUGCCAAGAGGACGAAAGCUUCGCUGUCGAUAGUGAACCCACUGGAUGUGCUCCGGCAACGAAUCAUCCUCGAGAUGGCCCGGAGACGAAUGCAGGAAAACUCGAUGCAGGUUGCACGAAAUAAAGCCAUCCUACGCGAAAUCGGUAAGCGAAGUCGUGACGAGUUCCCGCAGGAAGAGACCCCGCUUCAUUUCGGCAGCCAGGAUCAUUUCUACUACGGAAAGCUUCCGUUCCUGCGGCGCUACAGCCAUGCACCCGACCGCCAACUCGGAGGCAUUCUGGAGUACGAUAUGGAUCCCACGGAAAAUCGUAAAUCUGCUGGCACCAGCAGCUCUAAUAGCAUCAACAGUAGAGAUAGGAAUGACAGCGACAGCGCCACCAGUGAAGCGGGAAAACAAAUUAACGACCGUAAGGAAAUUAGCAGUAGUGGCAGGAGCAGCAGCAGCAGUGGCAGCAGCAGCGGGGGUGUUCUCACGUUGGCCGCAGAACAACGCCAGCUGGAACGGGAACAACAAGAGGCGCAACAGGAGGCAAACAAAAUUCUCCAUUCGGUGGCCAUUGUCGGCCCACAGGAGAUGCGAUUUUCCGACGAAAGGGUAAUGCUGCCCAAUGGAGUGGGGGGAAAUAACGACGAAGAUGACGACGACGGUGGCAACGGUGACAACGGCGUAGACGAAGGGGAUGAAUACUUUCAAGGUAGUAAUUUUCCCAGUGGUCGUGAACAAAACCAACAUCAACAACAACAACAACAACAACAACAACAACAACCGCUUCAGCAGAAGGACGAUAGACUAAAAAGUGAUGACUACCGACUAAGGUAUUUGUACAGAAUUCAGGGCAAGUAUUUCGGUUAGGAUGGAACAAUACAGACCCACUCAAACGACGCAAUCACCAUCCCAAAGCAGAACAAAAUACAAACUAUUUAAAAUAAACAAACCAGAAAACGCAAACAGCCAAGAUGUAAAAAGAAAAACGACCAAACCGACCGGGUGGUAAUAGAGCGGGAGAGAGGAAAAGAUACAUUUAGUAAAACCUACUUAAGUCCCCUCUGCCGGCCUGUCAGCUCAGUGAAUUAGAGAGACUAUCUGCGGUGUUAAAUAGCAAGUGUUUAUUUAGCAUUCCACUUUCCUCCUUAGGCACACUUUGAGAGGAAUCUGCUUUGCUUAGGUCAUUAAAUCACUCAUUUACAUCCAGCAUAAAUUUGUGAAGUGUUUUCGAUUGUCGGUUGAAGUUAUCACUUUCAAGGUGGACAUAUUUCGGGAAAGUAGAUCAUAACACCAGACGAAUUGGGGCUGGUCGCGUUUUAUGCGCAUAAGUUUAUUGUGGGAUUUUUUUUAUUGGCUGCACAAUCGUUUGGUCACGGUCCGCGGUCC